AUGGACUUUGGUUAUGUGAGCUCGCCUUCGCAGUCGCCUAAUCAAUCCCUCUUCACUGCUGGCCCAUACUUUGAUAGCACUUCAGAAGGCUCAAGUCCCAAUUCACCUCAUCAAAUGGGCCCCAUGAUGUUCAAUAACACGGCGAUGCCGUAUGAUAUCUUUCAAUAUGCCGCCACUCCUGCGACCUUCUACCCGACAACUCAGACCAACAAGGCGCCAGUCGAAUACAGCCAAUCCACCACUCUAGACUCGUCAGACCGCAGACGACGGCGAUCGGAUAGCACCUCGACUUCGGUCAAGGAUAAGGAUACCAUUCCUAACAUGCACUUGAGGAGACGGGCGCAAAACAGAGCUUCGCAGCGCGCCUUUCGAGAGCGCAAAGAGAAGCAUGUCAAAGGGCUAGAGCAUCAGCUAGAAGACCUCCACGAAAAGCACCAAGAUCUGCUACAGUCUUACACCCGGCAAGCCGACGAAGUCACCAAACUCAACAACCGGAUAGCUGAGCUGACUUCAGAGCUGGGCACUCUGCGGUCAUGUCAGGACCAGACGUUCAGCGAGAUGCUCAUGCCGGAAAAGUUUGACAAGUUUGACGCUUUCUCAGCUCAAGACAUGAUUUACGCAGGUCGGGACGGGUACUUUGACAAGAAUGUGGUUGAUCUAAAUUCCGAGUUUGCGUUGCACUCGUUUGAGGAUUCUCUGUGACGAGAACGAAUUGCCAUGACUACGUGUGUCUUGAAAGGGUUAUGAUGUAUUGAGGGACCGGCGUUG